AUGUCCACACAAUCAUGGCUGGAUUAUGCAACUGGCUUGCUCACCAUGCCAAUCGAUCCAAGACCAUUCUCACCAAAGAAUCCACAUUUCCGACCAUUGAAAGAAUCAUCACCGAUACCAGUCUGGGGAGCCCUGUUGCCGCCAUUAACAUACUUUCUGGCAUUAUCAUUACUUCCUCCCUUUGAAAAUAUUUCGAAAACAAAGGGGAUCACAUUGUCAAUGGUAAAGUUUGCACUGGCGAUCACGAGUAUAAUCUCAUUUGCAAUUUUACCUUUUUGGUUUCACGUUCCGGGCAGUGCAAUUUUAACAUAUCAAUUAGGUUUGAUCGGGUGUUUCGGUGCAGGAAGAGCAUUUGAUUUAUUUAUUCUUUCUCAUCCUCGUGUUCCUAAACGAUUAGCGGUAUACGAUAGCAAGACAGCAAACACACAGCACAAAGUUGAAUUAGAAAAACCAAGUGGAAAAUUAUAUCCAAACGAAAAACAAAAUGAACAAUGGAACUUCAAACCGCAUCCUACUGGUAUUCGAUCAAGAUUAUGGUGGGCGCUGGAUUUGAUGAUUAGCAUGCGUGGUGUUGGUUGGGAUUUUGCAACGCCUGAUGUUCGACAUGAUACCAAUCCAUGGCAAAGACCGAGCAGACGCCAAUUGAAACGAGCAAUUUUCAAGCUUGGUCCGGUAUUAGCCGUCACUUUGAUUUCAUUACGAAUGAUGAUCACAUACAUCGAUUUACAAGUUAAUUCUAAGUUUCAUGAAGAUAUGGUGGAAUUAGCAGGAAUAGGUAAGCUACCGAUUGGUUUACGUCCCUUGUUCGUUGCUUGUACCGGUAUUUCGCUAUACGCUCUCUUCGACUUUGGAUAUACGAUCGCUUCUGCUUUAGCACUACCCGUUUUACAAUCAAUUGCAUCACUCGUUCAAACCGGUUCGAUCAACAGGGAAAAUGACGCCGUAAUUAGCGCUCAUAAUAUCGACUUUUUUCCUCUUCUCAAUCCACUGGGUCUAAGGGCAAUUCGAUCCGUUCGUAGCUUUUGGAGUAAAGCAUGGCACAGGCUCUUUCAUCGUGCAUUUUUGAUUUACGGCAUUAUACCAUUCAGAAAUUUAGCAAUUCGAUUGGAAUAUUUCGUAAUUUGCAUCAAGAAUCGUUUGCAGAACAAACCACUCCCACAACAUCCGUUCCGUCACGGUAAACCUUCACCUGCACUUUAUGCAGAUCCAGGCAGGACGUUACGUAAAGGAGAAGGAGAUUGGGGAAAAGUGUUGGGAGCAUUUAUUGCCAGUGGAGUGAUUCAUGCGAUUUCAGAAAGGGCUGCUUUGGGAGGAAGGACAACGUUGCCAAACAUUCAUUUGUUUCAUUUAAGUUCAAAAUCUAAAAUUGGAAGUGACACUUUUACUCUAGGGCGUGCUUUACCCCCAUUUUCAGGUUCAGGUGAACUUUCAUUUUUUGUUUUGAAUGGUUUGGCUGUGAUUAUUGAAACGGCGAUCGGACGGAUGGUGUUGGCAUACAGGAGAUCGCAAUACAGAGCAAAGAAUCCAAUCAAACGAGAUGAAAUCAGAGAGCAAUCAUCUAUCGAAAAAGCAUCUUCACCUCAACGCAAUGCAACACAAUACCUUCUCGGUCAAUCAGCUUCUACGCUUUCCAUUCGUCCAACAUUAGGAGCAACAACCUUCCUCGGUCGAAGAACGACAUACAAGAAAGACUUACCGCAAGAUACAAGCGAUCAGACUGAUUCAGAAGAAGAAGUCAAACGAUCAGGUGAACUUGCAGUGAAGGAUGAAGAGCGAAGGGCAGAAAAGAAUAGUAAGAAAGAUGAUAUCCCUCAAGAAGCAUUGUCACGGCCAUACGAUAUCUACAUUCAAAUCGCUUGGACUCUUACUGUUUUGCUAACGACAGGCGAGUUAUUCACAGAAGGAUGGAUUGCUUCUGGAGUUGUGAAUGAGAUCACAAUGGUUUCUGUUUAG